GGCGCCGCGCUGCCUGUCAGUCAGCGCUCAGGGACAGUUUGACCCUCGCUGCUCCGCAGAAAGCUGCUGUAAGCCGAACCGGACCGGAGCCCAACAGUUUCCACUGAGCCGCCGCUGUCGGAACCGGAACCGACCCGAACCGGUGAACUGAGCCAUGCGGUUCUGACCCGGUCCGGACCGGUGGAUGAGUCCAGAGCUGCAGCUGAGCGUCGCUGUGCCACAGGAUGAACGGAUUCGAUCCUCCAGCUCUGAACAUCUUCAGCUCCAACAUCAACGGACUCGGCGCUCCGUCUCCGGAUCCCCCCAGGAAUAAAGCCAAGAGUGGUGCCAAAGCUCUGUAUGAACAAAGGAAGAACUUCUCCAGAAGCAGCAUCAACAGCCUGACGGACACGUCGCAGUACCAGGUGGAGCACCUCACCACGUUCGUUUUGGACCGGAAAGAUGGGAUGAUCACGGUGGACGACGGCGUGCGGCGGCUGCGCCUGCUGGACGCCAAGGGGAAGGUGUGGACGCAGGAAAUGCUGCUUCAGGUGGAGGACAAGGCGGUCAGCCUCAUCGACCUGGACUCACAGAAUGAGUUGGAGAACUUCCCCAUCGGCUCCGUCCAACACUGCCAGGCGGUGAUGAACGCCUGCAGCUACGACUCCAUCCUGGCGCUGGUGUGCAAAGACUCGGGUCAGAGCAAGGCGGACCUGCACCUGUUCCAGUGCGACGACAUCAAGGCGAAUCUGAUUCACCUGGACGUAGAAAGUGCCAUGAUCGAUGCCAAAGGGGGCAAAGUGAAGAAACGACCCGAGACGCUGAAGAUGAUCCUGAAGAGCGACGGCAUGAUCCCGCCUCCACCAACCACCCCCGCCCCCGAGGCGCCAGCCUCAGCCAAUCAGGACAACAGGGGGCGGGUCGCCGCCUGGUCGGCAUGGGCCAAUGAACAGCAGCACUGCGAGCAGCAGCGGCCGUCGCAGGACGACGGCGCGGCGGACAUGGCGGCGCUGCGGGUGGACCGGGAUGUGCAAAUUCUGAACCACAUCCUGGACGACGUGGAGUUCUUUGUGACGAAACUGCAGAAGGCGGCCGAGGCUUUCGGCGAGCUGAACAGGAGGAAGAAGGGCAAGAAGGGCAAGAAGAAAGGGCCGGGAGAGGGCGUCCUGUCCCUGAGGUCCAAGCCUCCCAGUGAAGAAGAGUUUGUGGACUGCUUGCAGAAGUUCAAACAUGCCUUCAACCAGCUGGCAAAGCUGAAGGACCACAUUCAGAACCCUAGUGCCGUGGAUCUGGUCCACUUCCUGUUUACCCCGCUCAGGAUGGUGGUCCAGGCGUCCGGUGGUACCGAGCUGGCCCGGAGCGUCCUGGUUCCGCUGCUCAGCAGAGACGCCAUCGAGUUCCUCCACGCCACAGGGACGGAUGAGGAGCGCCACCUGUGGGUGACUCUGGGCGAUGGCUGGACCAAGUGCAGACUGGAGUGGCCGAAGGAUCACUACUUCCCUCAGGUGGCGCUGCGGUUCCGGGACGGCUGGGAGCCCCCCAUGGUUCCGGCUGUGGCUCCGAGUCGGGAGCAGGAACUCCUGCAGCUGGCCGAGAGCCUGGUGAACGCCGACGCCCGCGGUCUGGAGCAGGGGGCGCUGCAGCGGUUUCCUCUGGCUGACGGGUACGCUCUCCAUAACUCCGCCCACAAACGCUUCCAGGUCCUGGACCAGAACACGGCCGUGGCUGCUUUCAAACACGCCGUCAGCCGCCGUGUGGACCGGAGUUUGGACCCGCAGAUCCGACUGGAUCAGAACCUUUUUGCCAAAUCAAAGUACGACUUUGUGGCGAGGAACAACACGGAGCUGUCGGUUCUGAAAGACGAACUCCUUGAGGUUUUGGAUGACCGGAAGCAGUGGUGGAAGGUCCGGAACGGCGCCGGCGCCGCCGGCUACGUGCCAAACAACAUCCUGGAGCUGACCAGAACCUCGGACCUGACCGGCCGUGGAGACCCGGUCUACAGCCACACCAUCCAGCUCAUGAUGCCUAAGAAGGAGUUUGAGUUGUUUAAGCAGCAGUUACUGGGAGAGUUAAACGAGGUAAACCAUCAUUUCCUUAUUGUUCGGGACGAUCCCAGGAAUCUCACAACCCAUUUAUCAGAACAUCCAUCCUCAGAACAAAAUCCUGUUUUUGAUUGUAACUUGAUCAGGAUGUUUCAUCUGCUGGUUUUUAUUCCUGGCCUGGAUCAGGCUAAAGCUGAGCAGCCAUAACUAAAUUAGCAGGAGCUAACGCUAACCAUUGAGUCAACUGUCUCUCAUCUUCUUCUCCUUCCUGUUGACGGCUGGUCUGAGACG